AUGACGGACGUGAGUGAGUACGGCAACUUUCGGCGGCUCGCGCGCGAGCCGCUCAAGUACGCCCCCGACAUCACUGUGGAAAAAUGGAAGAGCACCAAGUCGGGCCUGACUGUGCUCUGGGCAAACUUUGAGAGCCCGCUACUGAAUGCGUACAUCACGGUCGCGAGCGAGAUCUUUAAUGACAGUGGUGUGCCGCAUACACUGGAGCACCUCGUGUUCCUCGGCAGCGAGCAGUACCCGUACAAAGGCGUGCUCGACUCGCUUGCGAACCGUGCCUUUGCGCAAGGAACAAACGCCUGGACGGCGAACGACCACACUGCGUACACGCUCACCACGGCAGGUGCUGACGGUUUCCUGCGUAUGCUGCCCGUGUACUGCGACCAUGUCUUUUACCCUACUCUUACGCACGACGGCUUCGUGACCGAAGUGUACCAUGUGAACCCCAAGUUUGAGGACGCGGGUGUGGUCUACUCCGAGAUGCAAGGCCGUGAGAACUCGCCGGCAGACCUCAUGGAACUCAAGACGCAGCGCAUGCUUUACCCUCGCAGCAGUGCCUAUCGCAGCGAGACCGGCGGCCUGAUGUCGGCGCUGCGUGUGCUGACGAUUGAUGAUAUCCGGAAGUACCAUCACCAGUACUAUGUGCCGUACAACACUGCGAUGGUGAUUUGUGGUCCCCUUGAGCACGAGAAGCUCUUUGCGACACUCGCCGAGAUCGAGGCGCGUUUUGAGGCCAAGGCUUCGGCCCUCGGCGAGCACGGCCCCCCCGGCUGGAAGCGGCCGUUUAUGGAGACGCCCUCGCGCGUUCCGCCCGUGAUUGACGGCUCGAUGAUUGUCCAAGAAGGGGUGGACGACGCAGAGAUGCCCGCGGACGGCACGCUGUGCCGUCGCCGGCGCAUGGUCCAGCUCGACUUUCCCGAGACGGACGAGUCGGUGGGCGAGGUGCAGAUCUCGUAUGUGGGCCCGCGCCUUGAGGACAAGCAGGCGCUGCAAGCGCUCGAUGUGCUCGGCACCUACCUGAGCGACUCGGCGGUGAGCCCACUGCAGCGGACCUUUGUCGAGAUCGACCAGCCUCUAUGCACUGACAUUUACAUGGCGAAUGACGAACGUGCUGGUGCGUCGAUCCUCUCCAUCUCCUUUAGCAGCGUGCCCAAGGCCGAGCUCGAGGCGAUGGACGUAAAGCUCGUGAUGCUGCUCAAAGAAGUCGCCGCCAACAUGGAUAUGGAGCGCAUGCGCACGGUGCUGCGUCGCGAGCGUUUGCGCCUGCUGAGCCACCUCGAGAUGCGCCCUGCGGACUGCUUCUCGGACGUGCUUAUCCACGAGUUCCUCUAUGGCAAGCUGGACGGCAGCGAGCUCAAGACGUCGCUCGACGACAUGCACCGCUUCGACGUGCUCGACACCUACACGGCCGACGACUGGGCCAAGAUCCUGAUCGACAACCUCGUGGCGAAUCCCCGUGUGGUGGUGAUUGGCCGCCCCUCGACGAAGCUUGUGCAGCAGAUCAAGGCCGAGACGAAGGAGCGUAUCGCGAAGCGCAAAGAGGCGAUGGGCCCCCAAGGCCAGCAAGAGCUCGAGGCGACGCUGCAGGCGGCACGCAAAGCGAACGACCAGCCGAUCCCCGAUCGGAUGCUCGAGGACUUUGCGAUCCCGCCCAGCGACUCGAUCUCGUGGAUCCCGGUGGCGACGGCGCGCACCGGCCCCGAGGUCCCCGGUGUGCCGCUUGUGCUCCCCAACGCCACCGAGAAAGACCGCGCGGUGCAGGCGCACGUCGACCGUGACGGCGUCGUGCCUCCCUUCUUUAUCCAGUACGACCAGAUCCACUCCAAGUUUGUGAUGCUGACGCUCGUCUUUGGCACGGAGUCGGUCCCCCAGGCGCUGCGUCCCUUUUUGACGCUUUAUCUUUCUACCCUCUUUUCGCUGCCUGUCACGCGCCUCGACGGCUCGGGCGAGCAGCUGAACUACGAGGCGGUGGUCAAGGCGCUCGACGAAGACGUGCUCGAGUACGAUGCGGCGAUCGGUCUCGGCUCGAGCUUCUCCGAGACGAUUGCGGUGGAAUUCAAGGUCGAGGCGUCGCAGUACGAGACGGGUAUUGCCUGGCUACGCGACCUCUUGUGGGGCAGCGAGUUUUCGCUCGAGCGCCUGCGUGUCGCCGCGGCAAAGCUCGCGCAGUCGCUCCCCGAGCAGAAGCGCGACGGGCGUGCCGUUUCGUGGGCGCUCUCGCGCUCGAUGCUCUUUUCCGAGUGCGACUCGACGAGCCUCGCUAAUUCGAUUCUGAUGCAGGCGCGCAUCGUCCCCGAGAUUGUCACGAUGCUGCACCAGAGCCCCGACCGCGUGCUGGAGAAGUUUGAGGUGAUCCGGCGCACUCUCCUGCACCCCGAUGCGCUGCGCGUGUCGGUGUCGGGCGACAUUCUUUCGCUCUCUGCCCCCAACCGCCCGUGGGUCGAGAUGUUUGCGCGCCCCGAGUGGCUGCCGACGCCCCCACGCCCCCACGCGCUGCCGUGGGCGCGCGAUGUGGUGAACAGUGUCGGUGUGCACCCCGCGCGCAAAGGCACGCUCUGUGCGCUCUCCUCGAUCGAGAGCUCGUUUGCGGUGUUUACCGCGCGCGGCAUCCCCGAGUACCACGACCCCGACUAUGCGGCGCUGGUCGUGACGAUCACUGUGCUGAAUGCGAUGGAGUCGUUCCUGUGGCGCUUUAUCCGUGGCGCCGGCCUGGCGUACGGCGCGACGAUCCGCAACGACCCCGAGGCGCAGCACAUCCACUUUACGCUCUUCCGCUCGCCGAACUCGGCCAAGGCCUUUAUCGAAGGGCGCAAGGUCAUCCAGGCGCUUGCGAGCGAGUCGGGCAAGCUUGAAGACGGCACGGUGCUGCGCGUGGACGAGACGACGCUCGAGAGUGCCAAGUCGUCGCUGCACUACAGUGUCGCGGAUUCCGAAGGCACGGUCGGCUCGGCGGCGCUCGAGUCGUUCCUCGACGCGGUGAUCAAGCGCGCGGGCAAAGGGCGCGGCCACCGCAUGCUCGCCGAGGCGAACCGCGUGACGCUGGAGGACGUGCAGCGGUGCUUAACCAAGUACGUCCUGCCCCUCUUUGAUCCCGCGACGUCGGUGUGCGCCGUGGCCUGCUCGCCCUCUGCCGAGGACGAUAUCCUGGAGCAGCUCAGUACGAUUGGGUACGACAUGCAAAAGGUUGAGAUGCCAAGCACCGCCAACGGUUCCGACUCGGAGGAGAGCUCGGAUUCAGGUAGCUACGACUCGGACAGUGAGUCUGGGUCUGUUUAG